GAAAGCUGGCAGUUGAGGAAAGGCGUCAGUGAUGUCGGGGAAGAAGUGGACUACGAUGAAGAGCUGUACGUGGCCAGCAAUAUGGUUAUCUGGAGCAAAGGAAGUAAAAACCAAGCGUCUACCGUUUAUAAGGCUUUCACUGUCGACAGCCCUGUUCUGCAGGCCUUGUGGUGCGACUUCACUAUACCCCAGGAAAAAUCUGAAAAAGCUGACGGCAGUGAUGAAAUAGUAGAAAAAUGUAUCUGCAUAUUGCAGAAUUCCUGUAUAAAUGUGCAUAGCAUAGAGGGAAAGGAUUACAUUGCUGCUUUACCUUUUCAGGUCGCAAAUGUCUGGCCAACAAAAUAUGGUUUGUUAUUUGAGCGCAGCAGUUCUUCACAUGAAGUACCUCCAAGUCCACCCAGAGAACCUUUGCCUACUAUGUUCAGCAUGCUACACCCAUUAGAUGAGAUAACACCUCUUGUCUGUAAGUCCGGAGGCGUGUUUGGUUCUGCUAGAGUGCAGUACGUUGCUGAUUACACCUUGAGGAUUGUGUUUCUCAACGCUGAACCUUCCAUUGUGAUGACAUAUGAUACUGUGCAGAGUUUACAUACUGUUUGGGCUCUUCGGAGAGUAAAGCCAGAGGAGCAGAACACGGUGCUGAAGUUCUCUGAGCAGAUGGGCACACCGCAGCACGUGGCCACUAGCAGCUCUUUGACAGCUCAUCUCAGAAGCCUCUCAAAAGGAGACUCUCCUGUGGGCUCACCUUUCCAGAACUACUCGUCUAUCCACAGCCAGAGCAGAUCGGUGUCAUCGCCCAGCAUGCAGUCCCGCUCGCCCUCUAUCUCCAACAUGGCUGCUUUGAGCCGCUCUCAUUCUCCUGCCCUGGGAGUGCAUUCUUUCUCGGGGGUGCAGAGGUUCAACUUUUCCAGUAAUGCUCAGUCACCGAAGAGGCACAGUAUUACCCAUUCUCCAAACAGCACUUCCAGUGAUUCCUUCCUUAUUCCAGAAACCGAACCAAUUGUUCCUGAGCUGUGUAUAGAUCACCUGUGGACAGAAACAGUCACAAACAUGAGAGAGAAGAAUUCCCAAGCAUCAAAAGUGUUUAUUACCACUGACCUUUGUGGGCAGAAGUUCUUGUGCUUUUUGGUGGAAUCCCAGCUCCAGCUGCGGUGUGUAAAAUUUCAAGAGAGCAACGAUAAGUCGCAGCUGAUCUUUGGUUCUGUUACCAAUAUUCAAGCAAAGGAUGCAGCUCCAGUGCAGGGCAUUGAUACGCUGCUGGUUCUGGAAGGCAGUGGAAAUCUAGUGCUUUAUUCUGGCGUGGUUCGGGUGGGGAAGGUUUUUAUUCCUGGGCUGCCUGCUCCAUCCCUGACAAUGUCCAACCAAAUGCCUCGGCCGAGUACUCCCUUGGAUAGUGUCAGCACUCCAUCCAAGCCUUUGAACAAGCAUCUGGGGCCCCUGGAAGAGGGUGUGCUUUUGUCACCAGUUCCAGAGCUAAGGGAUUCUUCCAAACUUCAUGACUCAACUUAUGUUGAAGACUGUACUUUUCAGCAGCUUGGGACUUUCAUUCAUGCUCUGAGAGAUCCUGUCCACAACAGAGUAACUUUAGAACUCAGCAAUAAUACAAUGGUUCGGAUUACAAUUCCUGAAAUCGCCACUUCGGAACUAGUGAAAAGAUGUCUGCAGGGCAUCAAAGCUAUCCUGCCCAAGGAGAUAGCGGUACAGAUGCUUGUCAAGUGGUACAAUGCUUAUAAUGCCCCAGGAGGACCAAGCUAUCACUCAGAAUGGAAUUUAUUUGUAACAUGUCUCAUGAAUAUGAUGGGUUACAACACAGAGAGACUGUCCUGGACACGUCAUCUUGAUUUUGAAGGAUCACUUUCACCAGUUAUUGCUCCAAAGAAGGCUAGACCAUCAGAAACAGGGUCAGAUGAAGACUGGGAAUAUCUCUUGAGCUCUGAUUACCAUAGGAAUUUUGAGUCUCAUCCUGUUGCCAAAGCUUUGCGACUGGACCCUCUGGAAGUUUCGGCUCCGAAGGAUGACUUUUCACAGAGCCUUAGUUUGGAUUCCUCAACCCUCCUUUUCACCCAUAUUCCUGCUAUUUUCUUUGUUCUUCACCUCAUCUACGAGGAGCUCAAGCUGAAUAGUCUAAUGGGAGAAGGAAUCCGUUCGCUUGUUGUUCUUCUGGUUCAGCUGGCCAGAGACUUAAAACUUGAAGCUUAUAUAGAUUAUUACUACAGAGACUAUCCAGCCCUUGUAAAAACCUCCAGACAGACUUGCAUAAUUGAUCAAGUCCAAACAGGUUUCAUGCACCAUCCCUCAUUUUUUUCUGCUGAGCCUCCAAGUAUCUUUCAGUGGCUGAGUUCCUGUCUGAAGGGCGAAGGAGUGCAGCCUUAUCCUUACUUACCAGGAAUCUGUGAAAGGAGCAAACUGGUAGUACUGAGUGUGGCUCUGUAUAUACUUGGCGAUGAGAGCGCCGUAUCUAACGAAGCCUCCCAUUAUUUGUACAAGAUUACAUCAGGGCAACGAAAACAGCAAAUAGAACAGGAAGACAAUCGAUGCAGUUUCAGACACAGCACAUCUGUUUCCAGCCUGGCUGAAAAGUUAGUUAUUUGGAUGACUAAUGUUGGUUUCACCUUAAGAGAUCUGGAGUCUCUCCCCUUUGGUGUAGCUCUUCCUAUUAGAGAUGCAAUAUAUUACUGCCGAGAGCAGCCUGCCUCAGACUGGCCAGAAGCGGUUUGUCUCUUGAUUGGGCGCCAGGAUCUGUCCAAACAGGCCUGUGAAGGGAACCUGCAGAAGGGUAAAUCU